AUGACGUCGUUCUCCGCUGCUUCUCGAUUGGGUCUACACCGCCAAAGGCCCAAGGACCAUCGCGUCCGGCUCGCCGCCCACACCGCCAUUCAAUUCUACGACGUGCAAGACCGGCUCGGAUACGACCAGCCCAGCAAGGCCGUCGAUUGGGUCAUCAAGAAAGCCAAGGCCGCAAUCGACGAGCUUGACGAGCUGCCGCCGUGGAACCCGAACUCAAUUUCUGUUCAGACAACAUCUUCUCCGACGGUGCCGAUAUCCGCCGUGCAGGACACGCAGAACGCGAGCCUCCAUUUCUUGAUGGUGAAGGCUCCGAGUUCUUUGUCUGCUAAUCGGCGAGGCGCAAUGGUGGGUAGCAGCGGAGUGGAGGAGCUGGUGAAUCAGAACAACUCGAAUUUUCUCCAGGUGAGGAUGAUGUGGAGGCCGAAGUUGUUAAUCUUUGGUUGCAUACAAUUGCUUCUGAUUGAAGUUUGGCUAGAGGCCGAAGUUGUCUGA